CUCCACAUCCAUUGAUCAAUUAUAUACUCCUAGUGUCCCUUAGAAGAGCAAGGAAAACAUUUCUUUUUUUGCUGUUAUGGUCUCUUCUUUUGAUGGCAGAUAUAGUGAAAAAGAAAAGUGAACUCUUCACAUUUCAACUACUUAAAAGCAUUUUGUCCAUAGAAGAGCAUUGUGAUCAGCCAUGGCUCUUCCAAUUUCCAAGGUGGUCUUGGUGCUGGGAUGUUUUCUUUUGAUCACAGCUUCCCUUUUUUCUUCUGCUUUUGCACAAUCUGAUGCAUAUAUCAUUCACAUGGACUCAGCAGCCAUGCCUAAAGCUUUCACUGAUCACCAUAACUGGUAUCUAGCUACUAUUUCUUCUAUAUCAGAUACUCCUAAAGGAGCCUUUAUGGCAAUCUCUAAGCAUAUUUACACUUUCACAAGUUCUGUCCAUGGAUUCAGUGCCUGUCUCACCAGUUCUGAACUUGAACAACUCAAGAAAUCUCCUGGCUACAUUUCUUCUACCCCAGAUCGUCCUCUUAAAAUGCACACAACUCACACGUCCCAGUUUCUUGGGCUAAGCUCAGUUUCUGGUGCUUGGCCAGCAACAAAUUAUGGUGAAGAUGUUAUUAUUGGUUUGGUUGACACUGGAAUUUGGCCAGAAAGUGAAAGCUUUAAAGAUGAAGGAAUGACUGUAAUUCCUUCUAGAUGGAAAGGUGAAUGUGCAACAGGUACUCGAUUUAAUGCUUCCUUGUGUAACAAGAAACUCAUCGGUGCUCAAUUUUUUAACAAGGGUCUACUUGCAAACAGGCCAAAGUUGAAAAUUUCAAUGAACUCCCCCAGAGAUACAAGCGGACAUGGAACGCACACUGCGUCAAUUGCAGCAGGCAACUAUGCGAAACAAGCUUCUUAUUUUGGUUAUGCCUCUGGUACAGCUUCAGGUAUGGCGCCUCGAGCUAGAAUAGCCAUGUACAAAGCAAUUUGGACAUAUGGGGUUUAUGAAUCUGAUGUUCUUGCUGCUAUAGACCAAGCAAUUCAAGAUGGGGUUGAUAUAUUAUCUUUGUCGUUGGCCUUAGCUUCAGAUGACAACUUUUUGGAAGAUGAUUCAAUUGCAGUAGCCGCUUUUGCAGCCAUGGAAAAGGGUAUAUUAGUAGCGGCUUCUGCAGGAAACGACGGCUCCCCUUAUUGGACAGUAGUAAAUGGAGCUCCAUGGCUAUUGACGGUCGGAGCAGGUACUGUAGAUCGUGAAUUUCAAGGAAUUUUCAGUUUAGGCGAUGGGGAUAAUAUCAACUUCACGACAUUGUAUCCAGGAAAUUCUUCUCUAAUCUAUAGGCCUCUUGUUCUCUUGGAUGGUUGUGAAAGUGUGCAGAAAAUGGAAAAUUUUAAGAACAGUAUUAUUGUUUGCAAGGACAAUCUGAAUAUCAGAGAUCAAUUUGAAAAAGCUGAGUCUGCAAAGGUUUCAGGAGCCGUUUUCCUGACAAAUAUAUCUCUGUCAGAAUACCACCUUCGAAGCUCGUUUCCAGCAGGAUUUAUCAAUCUACAAUCUGGACAGAAGGUAGUAGAUUACAUAAAGAAUAGCAAUAAUCCAACAGGAAAUUUGCAAUUUCAGAAGACAAUUAUUGGAACAAAAGCAGCACCAAAGGUGGAUAGCUAUAGCUCCAGAGGUCCAUUUCCAAGCUGUCAACAUGUCCUAAAGCCAGACCUUCUGGCUCCUGGCUCAUUGGUCCUAGCAUCAUGGUCUCCAAUUAGUUCAGUAGCUAAGGUUCAAUCACAUCCCUUGUUUAGCAAAUUCAAUCUCUUAUCAGGAACUUCAAUGGCAGCUCCUCAUGUUGCAGGUGUGGCUGCACUUAUAAAAAAAGCACACCCAGAUUGGAGCCCUGCAGCCAUUAGGUCUGCCCUUAUGACCACAGCAAAUCCACUAGACAACACUCAUACCCCCAUUAAAGAUGCUGGAAACAACAACUUGGCAGCCAAUCCUUUAGACAUAGGAGCUGGCCAUAUAGAUCCCAGCAAGUCGGUUGAUCCGGGGCUUAUCUAUGAUGCCACAACGGAAGACUACAUAAAGCUUCUAUGUGCAAUGAACUACACAAAGAAACAAAUACAAAUCAUCACAAAAUCUACUCAGAAUUGUUUAAACAAGUCCUUGGAUCUUAAUUAUCCAUCUUUUAUUGCUUAUUUCAAUGGGGAUGGCUCAGGUUCAAAUGGGAAAUUUGUGCAUGAAUUUCGGAGGACUUUGACAAAUGUUGGAGAGGGUAUUUCGAGUUAUACUGCAAAAGUGACACCCAUGGCUGGCAUAAAGGUGAAUGUUGAGCCAUGGACAUUGAUGUUCAACAAGAAGAAUGAGAAGCUGAGCUUUAAGCUCACUUUGGAGGGUCCAAAAUUAUUGGAAGAGACAGUGGUGCAUGGGUCCCUGAGCUGGGUGCAUGAUGGAGGUAAAUAUAUUGUGAGGAGUCCUAUAGUGGCAACAGGCCUUGUUCUAGAAUCUCCUUGAAGGGAAUAACUAUUAACUAUAUAUUAAUGUUUUGUGGACUGGUAUCAAUGUAUUACAAUUUUUUUUCUUUUUUUUCUUUUUCUGUUUUUUUUUUAAGCUUUUCUGUCUUGUCAAGGCAAAUCUAAAGGGUUCAAAAAUGAAAGGAAAAGCUAAUUAUAAAGGCGAAUUCAUGGCGAUAUAAAGGCGAAUUCAUGGCAUCGCCUUGAUGUGUUAGAAGAAACAAUGUGGUGAUGUUUGAAGGCAGAUAUGCAGAGUUGAACUUAGCAAAGCAAGUAAAACAUUUUAUAGGGAAAUUGAGAACACAUAGAAAAUUAUAAAAUUAUUUAAGUUAAAGAACGGGUAUUAUCUAAAAGUUUCUUUCCCUUAGACUAAGAAAAGAAAAUUCUUUUACAGAAAUGAUAUAAGAUUAAUGAAAAGAAAGAUCCACUAAUUGAAAAAAGCCUUUAGGUGUUAUACUAGCAUUAACAGACGUGUCUCUAUCACUUUUUCAAUGGGCUACUUUGGUCUGUAGUGAUGAGACAACAUCACUCUUAAGGUAGUCAUAUCAUAAGUUGGUGAAUGGACUUCUGGACUGGACCUUUUUCCCAAGAACACCCAUUUUUCAUGAUACUUGAUGGACUGAAUUUUCCUUUUUUGAAUAUAUAUAUAAUUUUUCUCCAUAACGAUGGAGUUAAUUUGGUCGCAGAGCCUUUAGUUGGGGUAUGUGUAUAAUGCUCUUUAGAGAUUUGUCUCGGCCUGCUUCUGACUUCUCAUGGGCUGUUGACAUAAUUUCUCUUGCUGAUGCUCUGCAUUCUUUUCAUUUAGAAACCGACGCCGUUUAAGC